AUGACGCCUGACGAAGGACCCCUCACCUUCCAAGGUCUCCCUGGAUUUCGUGGCCCCUGCCAUGGAUGCUCUCGAAAAGGAAACGACGGGGUAAGGCACACUGUAGAUCCAUCGAGUCCCCUGCCUCACCACAAUCGGCGCAAAGUGGUCCGUCACUACCUCAUCGCAGAUAUCUCCCACCUUGUCUUCCAUGAAAAAGGCUGCCGACAAGCACGAUCGCACGUGCCCUCUGCCACGAAGUCCAGCAGAUGCCAGGAAAAAUUAAGUGUACCUCCUCCCGUGAGAGCUGUAAUAGUAUAUCCAAAACUGCAUCCGGGGAAUCCUACAGCCUCUUUUGAGCCUCCUCAAAACGUUGCAGCUAAUUCCCUCUCUGCAUGCCCACAGGGCUACGAAGUGCGCGCGUACCCAGCGGCCAAGUGGGUCUGCCACAGCCAGGUCCAGCAGGCGGCCAGCAGGCGCAAGGACACGCGCGCCUUCUUCGCCCUCUUCCGCUACAUUGACGGCGGCAACGAAGCAGAGGCCAAUAUCCCGAUGACCGCGCCCGUCAGCAUGAAGAAGACGCCCAUCGACGACAAAAUCGACGCCCAGAUGUGCUUCUACCUGCCCGCCGACCGCCAGGCCAGCCCGCCAGCGCCCACUAACGCCGAGCUGUACAUCGAGGAGCGCCCCGCCUUCACCGCCUUCGUCAGGACCUUCGGGGGCUUCGCGAACAAAGAGCGCGUUUGGGAGGAGGCUGCAGAGGCCCUCAAGAUCGACCUCGAGGCAGCGCAGGAGGACGGAGUCGACUUCUCCUUCUUCUACAGGGCUGGCUAUGACUCCCCGAUGAAAUUCGAAAACCGGCGGAAUGAGGUUUGGUAUCUGAAGAAUUAAAAAUGUAAUGAAGCAGCCUUCAUCUCCACUACUGUUGGAAUUACGUUAAUCAUUCUCAUACAUAAAGACAGACGCAUACUGAAGGGGAACGUGUUAAAGGAUUUGUUUACCCUUUUUCGCCCUCCUUUCUGUAUCUAAAUGCUGAGAUGUUGCUAAGGAAUCGCUGAUGUUUUUAGUAUUCCUAAUAUCUAUCUCUUCUGAAAUUGUGAUUAAUAAGAAAUAUUCAAAUAUAUUGCAAAAAUGGUGCUCAUUGUUAUUGUUAAAUUUGUUUAUGUUACUCUCAUUUUCAUUUUUUGUUACACAUGUAUUUACAUGUAUAAUAAAUGUAUAAUAAAUACGUGUAAUUCUACGUUUUUUUUUAUUGCCGCUUGUUUCACAAUCUCUCCUAUAUUCAAGUUAAUUUCUUUACUCUUUAUCUUAAGUACAUGGUUAAUGAAAAUUAAUCAUUCUAAUAUCUUCCGAAGGAUUUUAGAUUUUACAGUCCAAUCAUAUUCCACUCUUCUGGGAGUUUACAUUUAUAUGCGAAGUCUCCUUUUGAAGACAUCUCGUACAAUGAUUCUUUUUUUUGCAUGACUCUCCCACACUCCCUUCAUUAAAUUUAAAUAAAUCAUAACAAAAAUAAAUUUCUUGUCCGCCAACGCAAGAGGGAAGCGAGAAAAAAAAAAAAAAACGUUAUCUGCGGGGCUGUUGCUUUGUUGCGUUUUAAAUUUGGACUUUACGAAAAUUUUGCUUGGUUAUCACUUGUUUUGAUUUGUUAUUACACUUGCCAGCCACCCUGCAGAAGUCGAGGUAUUCUGGACAAGCUAUUGCGUGCUAAGCUAUAAUUAAGAUAUUAUGCCCAUUCUGCCUCAUUCAAAGUAGCCCAAAAUGCAGAUUUCGGGAAAUGUAGACUUUAAUAAUUUUUCAUGAAAUUUUAUCACUUUAUGAAAAGCUUCGUGCUUAAAAAGGCAAAAUGAGUUCGAGACGCCAAGGCCUGCCGUCACGGCAGAUUUAGACCUUGGGUCCUUCAUCAACAUAAAAGCCAAAAAUAUGUUAGUUGCCGACGUAAACUUCUGAUUUGAUUUAUCUGUUUUAUUGACUAAGCAUAUUGACUACAAUUUUCAGUUUGUAAUAGGCCAUAGUGAUAUGUUAGACUUAUAUUACAAUAAUUACAUAUGUUAAUAAAUGUUACCUAACCUA